AUGAUGAUUAUUCAAGAUAUACUUAAAAUUGUUUAUAUUAGAAAUUUAAUAUUUCAAAAUGUUAACGAGAUAUCAAAGAAAUGUGCAAGGAUGGAUAUGACAAUCAUUAGAAAUGAUUCAUUUAAAGGUAGAGAUAUAAUCAAUCUACCGUUUCUUGGUAUGAUAACUCGGUUUGCAAUGCCUUGGGACUUUAUCAAACAUUAUCUACCCGAUAAAGAUAGUAUAGUGUAUGAAAGAAGAGUAGAUGUUAUAAAUCAAUACUGUGCACAUCGAAAUGCUACAUUGGAGACACUAGAUCAUUUGAUUCAAGAUUGGUCUAUCGACUAUAACCCAAUCAGACCAAAUGCCUAUACCCCCUCUUUUAUAAUCAAUGAUAUUGCAAAAGUUGGUCAUUUAGAUAUCAUUCAAAGACUCAUUCAGAAUUAUCCUACUCUACCAUUGGACUAUGCAGCUGAUACCGCUGCUUCUCAUGGUCACUAUGACAUAGUAGAGUAUUUUCAUCAACUUGGUAAUGUACCAUUCUCAUGUCAAGCCAUGGAAUUAUCAGCUUGUCACGGUCACCUAAAUAUUGUCCAAUUUCUUUAUUUAAAUCGAACUGAAGGAUGUACAUUUAAUACAAUGAAUAUGACUGCAGCGAAUGGGUAUUUGGAUGUUGUUCAAUGGUUACAUCUUCAUACUAGUCAUGGGUGUACUACCAAUGCUAUGGAUCAUGCUAGUCGAGGCGGCCAUUUAAAUGUAGUCAUUUGGUUACACGAGAAUAGAACUGAAGGAUGUACCUCUAAUGCAAUGGAUGAAGCAGCUAUGAAUAACCAUUUACAUGUUUUAGAGUGGUUACAUUUGAAUCGGUCGGAAGGGUGUACAACACUUGGUAUGGAUGAUGCUGCGAUGUUUGGCAAUUUAGAAGCUGUCAAAUGGCUACAUCAGUACCGUACAGAGGGGUGCACAACCGAGGCAAUUGAUCAAGCCGCAAAAUACGGAAAUCUAGAGGUUGUACAAUGGUUAAAUGAAAAUAGAAGUGAAAAGUGUACAUCUGUUGCAAUGGAUCUAGCACUGGCGAAUGAUGAUCAACAAGGUCAUAAAGAUAUAUUGGAAAUGAUGACCUAUAUUCAUGAAAGGAUUGGACCUGGGUGUAGUUAUAUGGCUCCAUUAAUGGCUGCAGAGAAUGGUGUAUUAGAGGUAAUUCAAUACUUGAAUCAACACUAUGGUUCACAAUCGAGUAUUUGGAGUGUUAGAGUAAUGGAUAAAGCUGCGAUGAAAGGACAUUUAAAUAUAGUUCAAUUUUUACAUCUCAAUCGCUCUGAAGGGUGUACUACCAAUGCCAUGGAUCUAGCUAGUCGAGACGGCCAUUUAAAUGUAGUUCAAUGGUUACAUUUGAAUAGGUCGGAGGGGUGCACAACACUUGCUAUGGAUAAUGCAGCUGAAAAGGGACAUUUAAAUAUUUUAAAAUAUUUACAUCAACAUCGAAGUGAAGGGUGUACUACCAAUGCUAUGGAUAGAUCAGUAGUUAAAGGUAGAAUAGAGAUUGUACAAUGGUUAUAUACCAAUUUAGCAAUAGGAUGUACUCAUGCAGUACUUGAUAUCAAUGGACUAAACCAUCAAGACAUUUCAAAAACCGUACAAUAUCUCUUGGAUCAUGGGGGUUCUUUGAAGUUGCUCAUAUAA